AUGGAUUCAGCUUCACCUAUAAACUUCUUCAAAGGCCAUCCUAGCUUUAGAUUGCUGCCCAACAAAGAAAUUACCAAAGCAACAGAGCAAUUACUGUUAGGUGAAAACAGAGAUUAUGAUGAUGACCCGUUAAAUAGACAUCCAUUGACUUAUGGUUCGAAUGAAGGGGCCUUGUGGGUUCGUACUGCUAUUACUGAGUUUGUGAAUGAGAAGGCAUUUAAAUUUGAUCGAGAUGAUAAGGCAAGAUCCAAACCAGAGUACUUGAAUUUAACUUCAGGUGCCUCAUAUGGUGUCCUAAAUAUUCUAUUGCAGGCGACAUUACCUCAUACUGGUGUCACUAAGCAAGCUUUCAUAGUUUCACCGACAUAUUUCUUAAUUAAUGAUUGUUUUAUUGAUGCUGGCUUUGGUGGGAAAUUAACAGCCAUAGAUGAGAAAGGUGAAGAAUCGAUUGAUCUAGAGCUACUGGAGGCAAAGUUAAAACAUUUCGAAUCAAUUGACCCAAACCCAGUAAAUGAAAAUGGUAAAGAACUAUCAAUUAUUAAAAAUCCAAUUGAUAUAAGUCAUUUGAAAAAAGUCUAUAAAUAUGUUAUCUAUGUGAUUCCUACUUAUUCGAAUCCAAGUGGUAAAACUUAUAAUUUAGAGACUCGUUGUAAACUGAUUGAACUUGCAAGAAAAUAUGAUAUGCUAAUUAUUACUGACGAUGUAUAUGAUUUGUUAAAUUACUCAAUCAAUAACGAUCCAGACAAGUUUGAACUUCCCACACCAAUUAAAAGAUUCGUCCACAUCGAUAGGGAAACUAAUAAUGACGAAUCCAGUUAUGGAAACACUGUAUCCAAUGCAUCCUUUUCUAAAAUUAUAGCCCCAGGCUUGAGAUUUGGAUACCAUGAGUCUAUAAACAAGUUACUUGCAACUCAACUCUCUGCUGGUGGAGCAAAUGUCUCAGGUGGAACACCAUCUCAAUUGACAUCCAUGAUCGUUGGUACACUUUUAACUAAUGGUGAUGCUGAAAAGAUUCUAAGAAACUUGAUUCAAACAUAUUGUGAAAGAGCUGAUGCAAUGUAUAAUGCUAUGAUAAAAUAUCUUCCGAAGGGAACUGAAAUAAGAAAGACUGAAGGUGGCUAUUUUAACUGGAUGAAACUAACUGAAUCCUAUAAUGCACUUGAAGUUGGAAAAUUAGCGCAAGAUAUGUACAACAUAGUGUUAGCAGAUGGCUCGAAUUUUGAGGUUAUAGGUGAUAAAAGAAACUUGGCUCAAAGUUAUUUCAGGCUCUCCACAAGUUUCCUAGAAUCAGAACAAAUUGUGGAGGGAAUUAAACUUUUAGGAGAUGUUUGCCAAGUUUAUGCCACCCAGAAUAAUCUCUAA